AUGCGAAGUUGUAAUACGGUAGAGAAUAUUGUAGCGAAAACUACAGCUGAUUUGAAUGACAUUAAUGAGAUUGAUGAGAUAGGAACCUUAGACAAUGAUUCCGUGUUCAGUAUCCCGAUCCGAGUAGGAGAAGAUCCAGGACAGUUCAGUACUGUCUCAGUUGCAUGUAAAAUAAAAGUUGGAUUUACCGAGAAUUCACCAGAACUUAAUAACAUUUACUUUAAUGAGACGGUGAUAUUCCAAAUUAAGGCGAGCAUUUUAGAAUGUGUUUUGCAGUGUAAUCACAUGACAGAAUGUAUGUCAGUUUCACAUUCAAAAACAUCCAAAGAGUGCAUCGGUUUAAGUGCAGGAUAUGUAAAUGGUAUGAAGGAUAUCAAAGGAUACCACAGUGAUGGGUGGACCUAUCAUUUAGUUUUAGAUAGUCGAUGCCCAAAAAGAAAUGGUUACGUCUAUAGUGAAACGAUUCAGAGUUGUUAUAAGAUUCAUGGUAAAGAUACUUCAUUGCAGUCUGCAGAGUAUGACUCAAAAUGUGGUCUCGAAGGAGCGGAACUGAUGAGAAUAGAUUCUGAAGAGAAGCAGGUUUUCAUUGUUACAUUUCUUGAUUAUCUUGAUGUUACCAGUUGGAUAAUGUUUCAAGGAUCACAUCUAAUCGCAGAAGAGCAUUGGCGAUACAGUGACGGAUCAAUCAUUACUUACUUCAAUUGGCAUUCAACACAACCUGAUUCAAGUGGUAACCCAGGUCAGACUGAAGUGAUUGGUAUGAAAAAGUUUGAUGGUUAUAAAUGGCAUGACCUAUGGUUGAAUUAUAAAGGCGCAUUUUUAUGCGAAAAAAGAAUUUUUGAUUGACCGAAUAUUUCUAUUUAAAAUUUUCGAAAACAAACAAUACAUGAUUUUAGAAAUAUCCUCUUAUUGUGACAACAUUGGAAAUUGUUUUGA